CAAGCUUCCUUCGCUGGCUGUAGGCGGGCUUCCGAGGGGUGUCUGGUUGUCCAUUGUUUCACGAGUCUGGGAUUUUCGAGGGCUUUUAGCGGAGCUUGGAUUCAAUGGCAGCAGCUGUCGUAGGCGCAGGCACAAUGAGCCCAGCGAUGGAGGCGCUCUCUUGCACUAGCCUGUCUUGGUCGGUUGCGCCUGCCUCGAAGGCGUCGUUGUUCGUGGGCAAUGUCGGCGGGAAGAAGCUCGUCGCGUUGCGGAGCCGGAAUAGCGCGGCGCGUGUUGCGAGGAGGACCUUGAAGGGAGUGAAGGCGUCGGGCGGGAACUCGACGAACACGGCAGCCCCGGUGGAGACUCCUGCUUCAGGUGAGGCAGAGAUUCCAAUCGAGAAGAGAUACCCCGCAUUCCCCGCCGUGUUGGAUAUUAAUCAGAUCAUGGAUAUCCUGCCGCACAGGUUUCCAUUCCUGUUGGUGGACAGAGUAAUUGAAUACAAUCCCGGGGAGUCAGUUGUCGCCAUUAAGAACGUGACUAUCAAUGACAAUUUCUUCCCUGGUCACUUCCCCCAGCGACCUAUCAUGCCUGGUGUGCUCAUGCUUGAGGCUAUGGCGCAGGCAGCAGGCAUUAUGAUGCUGCAGCCGGAAGUUGGAGGUUCGAAGGAGUCGUUCUUUUUUGCCGGAGUGGAUAAAGUGCGAUUCCGGAAACCAGUUAUUGCAGGCGAUACCCUGCUGAUGAAGAUGAAGCUCACUAAGCUGAACAAGAGGUUCGGAGUUGCGAAGAUGGAUGGGCAAGCCUACGUAGGUGGAGACUUGGUGUGUGAAGGGGAAUUUAUGAUGGCUCUAGGUAAGUCUGAUUAGGCAAUAGGACAGUAUGAAUUAGAUGCUCUAGAUAAGAUAAGGUUCCAGCAAAUGCUGCAAGAUUAGCGAGGAAAUUCUUUCAUAGUAAAAAUUCUACCGGCAGGAAGGGAAUCGAAGGCUACAUGAAUUCUUGUGUUCAGAAUGUUGCUUGUACUUCACCGAUUCAAGAUGGCCAAGCUGGUCGGAGAACUUCUGUGAAUAAUGGUUUGAGCCUCGGUAGGGCAAAGGUUUCACUUCUCUCGUGCAAUGAAAUCAUUCUUUUUUGUCUGA